GAAGAAUAUUGACAAUCGUCUAGACUAUUAGGUUAUGUUAUAAACGAAAACCAUAAAUAUUUAAUUAAUAGAUAUACGAACUAAUAUUUUUUAUUAAGUUUAACUAAAAAUGAUUAGGAAUAAUUGUUGGGUGUAGUGAUUAAGUGAUAAAUGGGAUACACUUUUCUAUGUUCGAAACCAUUUAGCUUUUUAGUUUCCACAUUGACAAUUUUUAGAUUUCCUUUUUUAUCAUUAGGUAUCAUGGAUAUAGCAGGAUCUAGUAAAUUAGAGAAUCUUCUUCAGCGUCUGGAUUCAGCUGAGAGACGUGCCAAAUUAUUAAAUACCGAAGUUAAGAGUAUUAGAAAAGAAAUUGUGAUAUUAAAAAACACCCUUAAUUGUGAUUUACCUAUAGGAAACAACUUUACUGUUAAUAAUUUCUCUACAAAGAAUAGAAAUAUAGUAACUACAUGUUCAUCUGAUGAUGAGACUGAUUGUCCUGUGGAUACUAAAAGAUUUAAAUCAAGUUUUGAAGAAGAUGAUGGUUAUGUAACUGUUUUUACUGAUGGAGCUUGUGAAAAUAACGGAAAAUCAAAUGCUAAAGCUGGGAUUGGUGUUUGGUUCGGAGACAAUCAUCAACUAAAUAUAUCAAAACCAGUCGAGGGUAGAGCUACUAAUAAUACAGCAGAAAUACAAGCUUGUAUUGAAGGUUUAAAAGUAUUGGAACAACAAGGUGUCAAGAAAGUGAAAAUUUUCACCGACUCCCAAUUUACCAUCAAUUGUAUGACAAAAUGGAUAAAAAAUUGGAAGAAAAACAAUUGGAAAACUGCGUCUGGAGGAGACGUUAAAAAUAAAGAAGAUUUGAAAAUAUUGGAUACCGUGAUUAAAAGUUUUUUAGAUGUAAAAUGGUAUUUUAUUCAUCAGAUAUUUUAUUUUCCUCUACACCAGAUGAAAUAUAUAACUUGAGGCGAGUAGUUCUGAUGAUAUAUUUAUAUUUUUCAAGCAACACGUUGCUGGCCACCAAGGUAUUAAAGGCAACGAAGCUGCAGAUGAGUUAGCAAGACAAGGUGCCGCGAGAUAUAAAUCUUAAUAAUUUGUAUUUAUUUUUUUUACGGAAAGUAUACUUUCAAAAAUUCAAA